AUGCGACUGCUAAUAUUCGCGCUAUGCGCGGUACUCUGUACGGGUAUCAAGAUUCGCGAAAGCAGGAACUACCUCGAAGACAAUAGGGUUCCACCAGUAGUAAAACCUAAGAAUCCUCAUGGAACAUCACGGUUCAACUACACUUAUCUGUCAGUAUGCCUAAAUGGAACCCACGAUGAUCCUUUAAUUACUGUAUACGCGAAGGAGUGUGAAGAUAAAGAAUCGCAAGUAGCGCUAGGCAAGUACACCAACCAGGUGAACACCACUGGGUGGGGCAUUUUGGAAAUCGAAACAUUUCCCGGUCAUCCAUACGACGUCCAGGCUUAUGCGGCUGGUGUGGCUGAAGGUGAGCGUUUUCUGUGGGGAAUUCUGGAAAUCGAAACAUUCCCCGGUCACCCAUACGACGUCCAGGCUUAUGCAGCUGGUGUGGCUGAAGGUGAGCGUUUUCUGUCAAAUCUGCAAAUUUUUUAAUU